AUGGCCAGCGGAUUCUUGGGUUACUAUUCUCACACAUUUGCCCUCUCUCCCAUUUCUUACGAAGCUGCAUAUAUUGCAUGGAAUUCCCCUGCAUCUACAUACCUUUCGCGGCUUGUUUGCCUCCCAAAGCCACCCGUUUCCUUGCUGCAAGAGUUUGUAUUGGAGUUCCUUCCCGAAACUGCCGACGAGAGAUGGUUUUUUCUCCGCGACGAUGCAGCCAUCGAGGCAACCAAGACCGAUCCAAAGUACGCCUAUUUCUGGGAAGAGUACCAGGACGAGUUGAAGGCACCUACUCGCCUCACUUAUGAUGACGAGCGUGUGUACAAAGAAGGACCUGUAUGGGUCAAACUCGCUCGCAGGAAUCGCUCCCGUUCAGUACCUGAUAGAGAAACCUUCCAUCCUCUCCUGCUUUACGCAGCGACAGCUUUGCAGCGGCUGAAAGAGUUACGCAAGUUCAUACUUCGCCCUUACCAGAGCGAAACGCAUCUACACUGGCCAAAUGUGGUACGCUUGUUCGAACUUUGUCAUCUCAGGGCGGGAACUGCGCGGUCUCCAUCCGGUUCAUCGGACGAUCUGUCUACCUACCCUAGGAUCCUGCAUGAAGCCAAACACAUCAAUCACAACCGAGUUUACUGGCGGACAGGGAAAUGGAGGCCUUGGACAGAUGUGGACAGUGCCUGGCGCAGUUUCGCCGGUGAUGAAGCAAGGAUCGUGUUCUUAGAUGAGGAAAAAUGGACGCGGAAGGGUGUCAUUGCCGCCAUAUAUAGAGGAGAGCUUUAA